UCUGUCACCCGCCCUCGCUUCCUGGUGCUUGGCUUCUCAGGCAAGCCAACCACCCUCGCGCGGAUGGAUGUGGUGGAGGCAGCGAGGAUAGCCCACAUGUCCGGCCGCAUUCUGGUUCUGCCCAAGGUGGGCGACAGCCAUGUCUCUCUCGCCCAUCCACUGCCCCUCUGCGCCUACUGGGACCUCUUCAAUCUCUCCCACGCCGCCGCGCCUAAGGUCAAUGCCGUCCCCAGCAUCAAAGACAGCCUCGAGAAGAACCAUUCCAAUGCCUCCCAAGCCUCUCAGUCGCCCAAACAGCUGCCGAGCCUGCCCCACGUGGCUUGGAUGUCGCCGGACCUCUUCCUGCUGCUCGCCCGUGCUGCUGCUGCUGCUGCUGCCUCUCCCCCAAGCAACGGCUCUGAUACCAGUGGCUCGGAUUCCAGUUCAGAUAUUUCGGGCGUUGCUGGGCUGAGAAGCCCCGCGGUGGGCUUCGUGUGGGUGCAGUCGCGGCACGCCCAGCAAGUCCCCUUUUGCCAUGAGCCCCUAUCAGCCAUAAUGGGCCAUCUACUGCCAUACGCCAUGGGGCACGUGCCUCUCCCCUCCAACACGCUCGACCUGCGCCUCCCAGUGCGAGCCGAUGCCGUGCAAGUGCUCAUGCAGGCCUGGCAGGAAAAGGACGUGGUGGUGUGGGUGAAGGCAGCAGCAGGCAUGGUCGAGUUCGACCCGCCCACCACAGGCAGCUUCACAUUGAACUCGUCCCACUCCUCAUCUCUUGCUUUCUCAUGUCCCAUGUCCCAUGUCUCAUUCCCCCCCUUAAUUGCACAGGCAAGAUAA